UCCGCGUGGACACAAGCUCUGAUGAGCAAACGCGCGUUGCUGAAUCCGUGAUUCCACACUAAGAAACGAAGAAGACAACCGCGUAUCGCUGAACCUUAUAAUUACAGUUCAUGCCGAGUCAAUCUACUUGCAGGCUUGCAGCACAUCAGUCACAGCCCGCAAGAACCUGAAUUCCUAGUGGUAUCAGAAUCAGACAUGUGCCGGCCAUUCCCUCCAUUGUUCGUCCCACUAGUCCUGCUGCUGCUAACAUGGACCUCGCCACCCGCCUCAGCCGAGGCCGCGGAUGCGCCGUCCGCCGUCGGCUGCAGCCGGAGCGCGGAGGCAGCGUCGCGGGUGGUGGCGGAGAGCUGCACGGACGACAUCGUCAGGUCCUUCUUCGGCGUGCGCGGCAGCGACCUCUGCUGCCAUGCGCUGCAGACGGCCGGCGCCGGGUGCUACCGCGCGGUGUUCUCCGUCUCCCCGUUCGCCGAUCUCUACACGACUAUCCUCGCUAACGUCUGCGGCCUCGCCGUAGCUCCCAGCCCCGGAGAACGGUCGUACUACUAAUCUCCAGUUGUAACCGAAGUUGGCAAAACGAGAUAUUAUUGUAAGAUCAUCUGAAAUAAAAUCGGGUACGUGGUAGUACAAAGUUCAGUUCAGUUCCUUAAAAAAAGGGCUAAUAAUAUGAUCAGAAUUCAGAAAUUCGAACUGAAGUUUGCUAAGCCGUGCGUAUCCAAGACCAUCUACAACCGGACUUAGCAAAUAGGACCCCGGUCCUAUACGUCUACGGACGCGUCCGAUCAGUAAUAGGACGUGUCCGUUUUGAACCACUAAUGUUUCGUCCACCUAGCCGAAUUUUUCAUAUUUUUUCUCAUAUGUCCGAUCACUUGUACGUGAUUGAUGGAGAAGAAGAAAGAGAGAAAGAAAAGAAUGAAUAACAAAAAAAAAAGAUGGUCCUGGAUGAGG